AUGGCGAAGUGCAAACUGGGCGGAGAGUUCGACAACCCGGCAGUCAGCUGCUGGGCGACGACCUUGACUGGCCAAGCUGUUGUGGCUUUACUUCUCUUUCUCGUGGCGGAAAACCCCCAUCUGCCAACGGAGGCGGUCGAAGGCGCCGCCAUAUCUCACGUUGCCCACAAGACAUUUGCAGCACUUGGCCUGGCACACAUUAUCUUUUGUGUGGUUUGCUCUAUCAUGUGCAUGUUGGGUUUUUUCCUGUCGGUGUGUUUUCAAAUUCCGUUGCUGAUAUGCGGGGUUCUUCUUCAGGUCCUGUGCUUUGUCACUGCCGGUAUCGUCGGCCCGAUGUUGACGGGUGUGAAUUCGUUCAAGAGUACGACUUUGGAUGAUGUGCGAGCACAAAGAGUCUUUGACACUCCUGAUUUCUCUCAAAUUUUUGUUUCCGAUAACGAGGGAAUGCUUCUGGUGGUCUGUGUUCUCUGUAUCGUGAUGCCCAUCUUCCUCUUGCAGGCCAAAUCCCUUACCGCUUCCUCCCCUGCAUAUGAAGCCACCUUGUACCCUGGAGCGAUUAUCGUUGCCUUGGCCAGCUCUGGUUUCUUCAUGUUUUGCCGAGCGUCUGGUGUACUUACAGGACUGUCAACUGCGUGGUUGGUUGUAGGAGCAGUUGUUGGUAUUUCUAUCCUGAUCCAAAAGAAUUGCUGCAGCCGAGUGUUCUCCAUCGCUCUGUCGGUGAUCUUUGCUGUUGGCGCCGUGUUCGCUCUCAUCUCCGGUGUUAUGGUUGGCAUCAGAUACAGCGAGGGAAAGAAGGUUUCAACGAUGCUCCAGGGUUUUAACCCGAACGCCCUCCUGAUAAAUACUCUGGAAGAUGGUGACUACGAAAGUUUGAAGACCUACGAGCUGGCCGGCGAUGGCGUUUUUCUUGUGGUUUCGUUCUGCUUGAAUAUUUCGGCCAUGAUCUACUUCGUUUACUCGGCUCUCUCUGCGUUCCGUAGCCUGUGCGGACCCAACAGGAACGCCGCAGUCAAAGAUGAAGAAGAAGGCGAGCAGGCUCAAGAAGCAUGA